AUGGUCGCUAGUGUUUGGACAGAUGAUGCCAGUAGGCAGCUUGAGGCAACAACCCAGUUCCGGAAAUUACUUUCUAUCGAGCGCAGUCCGCCAAUUCAGGAGGUGAUUCAUGCAGGUGUCGUCCCCCGCUUUGUUGAAUUUUUAAUGAGGGAGGACUUCCCACAACUUCAGUUUGAGGCAGCUUGGGCUCUGACUAAUAUUGCUUCUGGCACAUCUGAGCACACUAAGGUAGUAAUUGAUCAUGGAGCCGUCCCAGUAUUUGUGAAGCUUCUUGGUUCUCCAAGUGAUGAUGUUCGUGAACAGGCUGUAUGGGCUUUGGGAAAUGUGGCUGGUGAUUCCCCAAAAUGUCGUGACCUUGUGCUUGGUCAUGGAGCCUUGGGUCCUUUGCUAGCUCAGUUGAACGAACAUGCCAAACUGUCUAUGCUCAGAAAUGCUACUUGGACACUGUCUAACUUCUGCAGAGGCAAGCCACAGCCUGCGUUCGAACAG